AUGCGCGAGAUGGAGCCGCCUCUCCUGCGACCCGACAUGCCGCGCUGCCACGCCAAGGACCUCCGAGUACCCCAGACUUUCAGAGAGGCGAAGCAGAGCGAACACAGCGUGCAGUUCAUGGAUGCGGCCAAGCGUGAGCGAAUAGACAACUGCAUCAAGUCAAAGCUUCUUUUUGAUUGGAAGGUAGAUGCGUUCGGCUUUCCUACAAAGGCCAAGGCUAGACUUGUUGCGAGAGGAGACAUGCAGAAGGAGUACAUUGACUUUGGCGAUUUGUAUGCACCUACUGUAGCUUCGUCGAGUGUUCGUAUGUUGGCAGCUCUGGCGUGUGAGCUUGACUUGGAGUUGUGUCACUUCGAUAUCGAUCAGGCCUUUGUGAGGGCCCCUCUCAAUGAAAAUAUUUUCAUGCGAAUGCCGGAAGGAUGUGGUGCGUUGUCGGGGAAGAUAGUGCAGUUGAACAAGAGUCUUUAUGGCUUGAGGCAGGCAUCUAGGGAGUGGUACGCGUUGCUCAACAAGUGUCUUCUGGANGACUAG